AUGAAUUCAGCUGCAAAACGUUCCUGUCAUGGCUGCGCACGGUGCAAGAGGCGCCGGCAAAAGUGCGACGAGCGAAAGCCGACUUGUGGUCGAUGUUCGAAAGCUGGAGCUGCCUGCGAAUACAAAGUCAUUCUAAAGUGGAACGGCCGCGUGCCCAGAGAAAGCAAAUCAUCACGCGAGAAAUACAAAGUCUCCAGUCCGACUUAUGAGAGCACGGGUCCAGAGACACCUAGCUCUAUAUCUACUGGCCCCAAGGAGUAUGAGCCCAAUGCAUCUCGUGCAGUGACCCUAUCCUGCCAACAACCACGCCCUGCGCUCUCUUCAACAGCAAGGCUUCUUCUUUACCACUUCAUCACCGAAGCGUCAAUGAUAUCCAGUCAUGCAUACAUUCGAGAUCAAAUUUGUCGCGAUAUUCUUCCUAUGGUUCACCAAUCCGACUCUUUACUUUAUGCGACAAUGGCUUUUUCCGCGCUUCACCGAUCUACCCUCACAAAUGCUCUUCCUGACCAAUAUAUCCCUGAGGAUCUCAUAUCGCACUUGAUCUCCGCCAGUAUACGUUGUCUUCGCCGUGAUCUCGAGGUCCCAAAGUAUCCGACUCAGCCGCUCCUCCACACAAUCAGGACUCUCUGCCAUUGCGAGAUCUAUUCAGGGCGAGCGAACUCGUCAUGGCGUGUUCAUGUCAACGGAGCUGGCGCUAUAUUUGCGGAAAUAGCGUCAAGGCGAGAUUUGGAUCGUUCUGAAUACAGUUUCUGGCUUUGGUCGAGAUGGUUCCUGUCCAUCCAAGCCCUGACGGCAGUUACCGAUAUAGGGGGGUUAUCAGAAUUAGCAUCAGAACAAACGGCAAAGCAAGUCAUGGAGAAUGAAUAUUUCUUCGACACUUAUACGGGAUACUCGUCGGAUCUCAAUCCUGCUCUGAUGCAAAUUGGAUUAUUGGCUCAAAACCAGGAAGCUGCGGAGUAUGCCCACCAAUCAAGCCUUGAAUAUUGCACCAGCGGGGAGAAGGGCGACAAAGCCCGUCAUCUCGAACAAGUCAUCCAAGAUAUGAUCCAUCGGGACAGGACGAUGGGAUUGAAAACUCCUGGCCAUCUCUCGCUCGACAUGGAUACCAUUCGACAAUUUGGUGCUUGCAACACGUCGUACCAGAAUGCCAGUCUGAUACAUCUCUACAGACGUGUUCAGAAUUUACCUACCUUCUCCAACGAGGUCCAGCGAUGUGUGAGGGAGAUUUUGGACACCGUGAGUGCUAUACUUCCAGUCACAAAACUCUCCCCGUGGAUCCUACUCACUACGCCGAUAUACACAGCUGGGUGA